AGUAGCAGCGCAGGAGGAGGAGGAGUUCAUCACUUUUCCUUUGCACUGUCGACUAUCUGUGCCUGUUAGGCUGAGUCUGACAACUUAAUUGGUUCCCCCGGGCGCUCUUUUCUUCUUCUUCAAAUUCAGCUUUUCGUGCCGUCUGCCACACCUGCCUGCCAAGCUGAUGGGCGCGGCUGGGACCAGUGCCCAAAUCUCUGUUUUGACUUGCCUGGGAAAGUUGAGCGAAAAGACACAAUAGGAUUGAGGACUAUAAGGACAUCCCCGCACGACGCGUCAGCUUCACAUAAACACAUUGUUCCUCCGGUGGUGGAUCAGUCGCUCCAUCCUGCGAGGAAUCCGUAUUUGAUCGGUAGUUGUUGGAAGUGGCUGAAGAUUAAAAUGGGAUGGACGAGUUAACAAGGCAGAUGGACUUCUCAGAAGAAAAGGUUGUCACAGAAACCGUAACCUCCACAACCAGACUGACAUCUCUCCCACCAAAGGGAACCAGCGGAUCAAAUCACAGGAAUAUGUCCAGCAGUGCUGGAGGGUUGGGCUUGGAGAAGAAUGUCUUAACCCAGAACAGCAGCAGUGGAACUUACUUUUCUUCAUCUUCUGUAGGUGUGAACACCGGGAGCUACAGCUCCUCCUCGGGAAUCUACCUCGGCGGAGACUCCUCAGGAGGGGGUGAAGGAGGUGGGACCUACAUAGAUGGAGAAAGCUAUGGAAUUGCCACAGGAGGAGGAGGAGGAGGAGGAGGAGGAGGAGGAAGCAGCGGAGGCAGUUAUCUCGUGAGCUCCGUGUCCAAGGUCCGGUCCAGCUCGUCGGGCGGUGCCAGGAGGACUCAGACUGCUGGCUCAUCAGGAGGCCUGUCGCCAGCUUUCCGGGAGAGGAAGCACAUAUCCAGCCGCUCAGGAGGCUAUGAUGGGAGUUCCAGUGCUAAUUCCUCUCCAGAAUUUACUCGCAAAGAUUAUGGAAACUAUUGCUCUGGUGCCACCAGAGGGAGAAGCGAAAGCAGAGAAAGCGAGAUCAGAGUCAGACUGCAAAGUGCCUCCCCCACUCCCUGCAGAUGGACAGAGUUGGAUGACGUGAAGAAACUGCUGAAGGGACGCUCUAGCAGCGUCAGCCCCACUCGCUCCUCCAGUGCCUCCAUCACCCUGCCUGUCCCUAAAAAGGCCAGCGUGGAGACCAAGACCAUCUCAGUGGCCUCUCAGUCAGUUUCAAGUUCUUUUGGCUCUGGUGUGAGAUCACCUGGGUUCAACACCAUUGAUUUAUCAGGACUGUAUGAUACUGGCUUGACAAAUGGAAAGCUUGAUAAAUCAAGCCAGUAUGAUAUCACAGACAAGUAUGAUACUGGUGUCAAAUCAAUUCAGUAUGAUGGUAGUCUGAAAUCAGGACAGUAUGAUACUGGUGUGAGGUCAGUACAGUAUGGUGGUAGUCUGAAAUCAGGCCAGUAUGAUACUGGUGUGAGGUCAGUACAGUAUGAUGGUAGUAUGAAAUCAGGACAGUAUGAUACUGGUGUGAGAUCAGGACAGUAUGAUACUGGUGUGAGAUCAGGACAGUAUGAUACUGGUGUGAGAUCAGGACAGUAUGAUAUCAGUGUGAAAUCAGGACAGUAUGAUACUGGUGUCAAAUCGACUCAGUAUGAUGGUAGUCUGAAAUCGGGGCAAUAUGAUACUGGUGUGAGAUCAGUGCAGUAUGACACCACUGUAAGAUCAGGUCAAUAUGACACUCUGGACUCCACGGUGUUCCCCACUUUCUCCUGGUCCACCUCCACUCUGCCGUCCUCCUCCACUACAGUCAUUGCCGGCAACACCAGCAGCUACACAUACCAAAGUGGGCAGGUCAGCACCAACAACAUGGCUGCAGGCUUGGCGCCAGUCACCCCCACCUCUCCAUCACCCCUGUCAGUUUAUGGCUUUCAGAAUAACCUGGCACCCACCUCGGCCAGUGUGCUCACCACCAGUGGAGCCAACGUAAAUGCUAACCUGGGAGGAUAUGGUGUUCAGAAGAACGUGACCAACGGUGGCAGCGCCAUCAGCACUGGAGUCUCUACAACCACUAGAUCCCAAACUGAUGAUGUCUAUAAGAAAGACUAUAAGUACGUGGUCUCUGAAAAAGAAAACGUUCCAGCCAAAAGGGAGACAGAUAUGCUCAUUUUGGCAAAAGACACCGGCAAGCAGUUUACCAGCAGCGGUAUUCAUGUAGGAGGAGGGUCACUGUCAGGAGACUCGAUAAAGAAGGAGAAGCUUAUUUCGAGCUACGGUGAAACAGCUCAACUAAAGACAGAGACGGGCAACUCUUACUAUGGUUCAUCUGGAGUUGUAAUGAAAGACAAAGCCACCUAUGCAGAGAUUCACAGGGACAGCGGCAUCUUCGGAGGUGGAGGACUAUGCUGUUGUUCGGACUCCUGCUGCUCCUGGUGGAAGUGGCUGCUGGGCCUUCUCCUUCUCUCCCUGCUCUUGCUGGGACUCCUGUUUGGCCUCAUUGCUCUGGCUGAGGAUGUGAGAAAGCUGAAGAGUCGAGUGGCGACCCUGGAAGCUGGGUCAUCGGUCGCUGGCGCCCACACCAGUCGGCUGUCUUCCAAUGAUAUCAAUACUUAUGUGGAUGGUGGAGGUGUGGGCACUGACAACACCAUAGGCGUGGGUGGAGGAGGUGGAAGUUCAGGAUCCAGGACACAAGUUCAGAUUUCCACAAGUGAUGCCAGCGCAGGUGGUAAUGGCAUUGGAGUGUCUGCUGGUACUUCUGGUGUUGGAGCUGGUACCAGUUCCAGUGGGAGCUCCAGCAGUAGUGGAAGCAGCAGCGUCGGGAGUGCUGGUACAAGUCAAAGUGGUAGAAUUGAUGCUGCUGGUACCAGUCAGCGAGUUGGGGUUACCGAUUUUGCUGGUGGUGCCGGUACUGGCACUGACCUCAGGAUCAGCGUGAGUGGAGGACACAUAGAUUCUGCUGCGCUUCAACUGGCCAUCCAGCACAUGUUAAGGGCUGAAAUGCAGUCGCAGGCAUUCAAAGCUACUUUAGCGUCCUCAGUACAGGCAGAGAGAGGAUUGCCUGGGCCUAAAGGUGACCCUGGAACUAAAGGAGAGCCUGGUUUCCCUGGCAUCCCAGGUCCUCCAGGUGCGAUGGGACAUCCAGGCCCCGAAGGUCCCAAAGGACAAAAAGGAACCCAAGGUGAACACGGAGCCGAGGGGCCACCGGGUCUCAGAGGUCGUGAGGGCCCAGUUGGCCCGAGAGGUGAGCCAGGACCUCCAGGCUUUGGAAUUAAAGGCGACAGAGGUGCUCAUGGAGAUCCUGGGGUUCCUGGGCCUGUAGGACCUAUCGGGCCCCCUGGACCAAAAGGUGCACAGGGGCUUUCUGGACUUUCUGGGCCACCAGGUCAACCAGGUCCUCAAGGUUUCCGUGGCGAAUCAGGGCUUCCUGGGGCUAAAGGUGAUAGAGGGCUGGCUGGAUUCCAGGGACUUAAAGGUGAAACUGGUGACAAAGGUCCCAGAGGUGCACAAGGUGAACCCGGUUUACCAGGUCCGCCCGGGCCAGCUGGAGAAAAAGGCUCCAAAGGAUCAGUGGGACUUUCUGGACAAGAUGGCGCAAAGGGAUCAAGAGGUGACCAAGGACCUGCUGGGCCUCCUGGACUCAGAGGUCCUGCUGGGCCUCCUGGGGAUAAUGGACUUCCAGGAACACCUGGACUUCAAGGACCACCAGGGAUACCAGGAAAUCCAGGACAACCCGGCACCAAAGGUGACACUGGUGCACCAGGACGCAUCAUCAAUGCAGCAGGUGGCUCCACUGCUGUUGGCAUCCCAGGAGCACCUGGGCCUGCCGGUCCUCCUGGUCCCCCUGGGCCUCCAGGAUUAUCAGGUCCCAUCGGCCCUGCUGGUCUGCCUGGCCAACCUGGUCCUAAAGGUGACAGAGGAGAAAAGGGAGACCUGGGAGAAUCAGAACUAUCCAUGAGGACGAGUGAGAGGGUUUCUUCAAGCAGAACAGACAGGCUGUUUCGUGAAAAUGGAGGUUUGGCACAGUCUGGCCCACCCGGCCCACCGGGUCCACCUGGGCCUCCAGGACGUCCAGGAGAUUCCAGACAAGGACCUCCAGGACCACCUGGGCCCCCAGGCCAGCCAGGUUAUGGAAGACCAGGACCUAAAGGAGACAAAGGGGACUCCAGCUUUGUAUCCAGUGCUGGUGCAGCCUUAUAUCCAGGACCACCAGGGCCUCCUGGGCCUCCCGGGGCUAAAGGAUCAACAGGUCCUCAAGGGCCCAGGGGAUACCAAGGUGAACCUGGUCAGCCAGGUGUGCCCGGCACCCCAGGAACACCAGGAACCAACGAGAGAGUGUCAACAUAUGCUGGAGGACGUGGGCUCCCAGGACCACCGGGCCCACCAGGGCCUCCAGGGCCUCAAGGACUCAAAGGGGACACUGGAGCUCCUGGGAUUCCAGGCUCUUCAAGAGGCUCAGUCUCAGUCACCUCAGGUCCUCCUGGUCCUCCAGGUCCUCCUGGCCCUCCAGGCUUGCCGGGCUCCUUUGCUUCUUCUACUGAGAUGCGGCAGUACAUCAGUGACUAUUUAAGUAGAGCCAGGCAAUCUGCCAUUCCUGGACCACCAGGUCCACCUGGACCACCAGGACCCCCUGGAACCUACUCAGGCUCUAUAGAUGACAUCUCUCUUCGUGUUAUUGCAUACCUACGACGUUCAGACUCAGGGUUCAGCUUGGGUGUUCAGGGUCCUCCAGGACCACCUGGUCCUCCUGGACCUGCCUCUGGAUCCCUGACAGUCAGCGGUCUCGUAGCUAUGCUUCAGAGAGAUGACGUGAGGAGAUAUUUGACAGGACCACCAGGGCCACAAGGGCCACCAGGACCACCAGGGACAUCAGUAGGACUUUCAGGCAGUUAUAGAGUAGAGGAGAUAGCUACAUAUGUCUUCAAUAUCAUGAACGAAAGAGGGAUUGCAAGAGGUCCACCUGGGCCACGUGGUCUUCCUGGGGUUCCAGGGCCUCCUGGUCCAGCAGGGUCUGGCUUCACUACUGCUACUAUUGACUAUUCUGCACUAAUAAAGAAUUCAGAUUUCCGUUCAUGGAUCGCAUCUGCUGUUCAACAAGGCCCUCCUGGUCCUCCGGGUGUUCCAGGGCUACCCGGCCCUGCUGGCCCUCAGGGUCCGCCAGGUGUCUCCACUGCUACUGUGUAUGGGGCAGGAGGUCGUGGCUACAGCUUGGAAGAAAUCCAGCGUUACUUGCAGGGUUCUGGGUUUAGAGGUCUUCCUGGCCCUCCUGGUCCUCCAGGUCCACAGGGACCACAGGGUCCACCAGGCACUUACACUGGAUCAGUUUCUUACAGUGGGAACUUCCCCAGGGAGAGCAUCCGCACUGAAAUUCAGCAGUAUCUAACCAGUGACAGUGUUCGCCGUACCAUCACGGGACCUCCAGGGCCUCCCGGUCCAAGGGGUCAGAAAGGAGAGCGUGGAGAGCCAGGCUACCUCCAGACCUACGCACAGAGCCAGACCUACUCUCAGGGUGACUCUCGCAACAGCCCACAGAUCACACAGAUUGAUGUCAGCAAGCUUGCUGAGACAUUGGACUACUCUAAUGUCGCCAUGAAAGUUACAGACUACAUCAAGAGUCAGGGCCUGCUGCAAGGGUAUUCAGGUGGGGCUUUGACCACAAAUGUUCGAGCUAUUCAAGGCCCUGCAGGCCCGCCUGGCCCUCCUGGACCACCUGGUCACAGCCGUGUCUUUGCAGCCUACAGCAAUAUCACAGCUGAUCUCAUGGACUUCUUCAGACUCUAUGGCACCAUUCCCGGCCCUCCAGGAAGCCCUGGACCAAAAGGGGAAAGAGGGUACCCAGGACCCAAAGGAGACAAAGGUGAUCCUGGGCCUCCAGGUUUAGCUGGAAUACCAGGGACAUAUACUGUCCAAAUUCCACACAGAGUGCAGAAGAGGGAAGCAGGCAAUAAACUGGUUGGUCGUCGUCAGAAGCAUCGCCGUCAAGCCGGCAGCGGUUAAAAGGCUAACAUACUACUGGAUCAUAACAGAUUUCAUUUCAUUUUCACUCAGUUUUUUUUUUUUUUUUUUUUUUUAGGUCUUUAACUGUACCAAUUUAAGUAGCUAAAAUGCUUUUCACUGUUUCCAACUGUAGAAAAGUCAGUUUGAGAAAAUAAAAGCAGCCAGAAAAAUGCAUCAGUGUCUUUAAAACAGCUUCAGUAGACAAUAAGGGUUUAUAGAUGCUUGUCAAUUUUUUUUUAAAUCAUUUGGGUGUAUAAUGUUUACUUUGUUUAAUUAGAAGCUUGCAAUCGGACUUUUUCCUGGGGCAGCUUUGUUUAAGAGAAUAUAUUUUUAAGCAACAAGUAGCAGUCGCUGAUAUUUUUUGCAUCUUUUUCCACACUGAGUGCCUGGUGUACCUUUUUUUUUUUUUUAAAAAUUGUUGUCAUAUGAGGAUUAUAUUGUAUUGAGGACUAUAUAAGUGUAUCCAUCAGCAUUCACCACAUACAAAUUACAACAGCUUACUCUUUAAACGCAUACAUAUAAUAUUAUGUAAACCUGACAGUCUCAGACAGACGGGGGGUUACAGUUAAUGUUGCUGCAGACACAACUGAUAAUUGUGGGUUAGAGACACAUUGUUGGCGUGGUUGAAAGAGUGACUCGGAUGAUCACUAAGCAGUGGAUUGGAUUGUAUAUUUUUUGUGUGAAAGGGCACUGAAUUUGAUAUAUUUUUCUUUAUACCUUUAAGUGUUGCAGAGAUUAAGUUAUAAAAUGUUCCCAGAUUAUGUUUUUACAUGAUUAUACCUAUUGACAUUUUGUCAAUAAAUUUGCAAAGGAAAAAAAAAUAGAAAAAUA